AUGGCCGGGGCAUCGUCAAAGAUGUCUAAGUUAGCAACAAAAUUCGAACUCGGAUCCUUGGCGUUGACGGAAAAUUAUCUUCAUAUAUCAAAUGCGACCAACGAUCCGAACAUUCCGCUUGACAUCAGCACUUCAAGUCAUUUUCGCUGUAAUUGCGACCUCCAGUUUCCGCGCGUUGACGAAUUGCUUGCCCAGCUCCGACCCGAUUAUGGGAAACAGCUCAGUUUUGUUGACCAACACUUACGGCGCCUUAAAAGCAUCAUCGAAGAGAUUCCUGGAAUUUCCGGCAAGUCAAUAACCGAGGCCGAAAUCUACUUGCGCCAAAGAGCAGGAGUUACGAUCCCUUUUCCUAAGCCAGGGCCUCGAGACGAUGUCAAAUACGUGCUAGAGUACGCUAGACCUACAAAUAUCAACGUCGUUGGGAGUUUUGCCCUGAAGACCGCGGCGAAAGACCUUAAAAAUGCCACAGUUGAUCUAGCGGUCACUAUUCCCAAGGCCAUUAUACAAAAGAAAGACUACCUCGAUUACCGAUACCUCUACAAGCGUGCUUAUUAUAUUGCAUGCAUAGCCACCGGAAUCAAGAUUUCCAACGAAGCCGGUUUUAAUAUCAGCUAUGCUUAUCAAGACGACGAUCGAUUGCGGCCCAUUGUUCUCGUCCAGCUUAUGGAACCAGGCGGCGACCCUAGCCACCCGAAGGUAAUAGUUCGCAUUCUUACAGCGAUCGAAGAUGGUACCUUCCCAAUGAUUCAAACUAUGCCCACCAAGGAUACCCUGCGGCAGAUUAUAUUCAACGAAAGCAAACUCGGCUUAUCGAAUGAAUCAUUAUGGUUCACCUUCUUCUAUAACUCUGCGCUUCGCUCGGAAUCCUGCAUUACGGCAUACUUGAAGGUUCUUCACGGUGCAGCCACCAAAUGCCCGGCUUUCCGAGAUGCCUGUAUUCUGGGGCGAACUUGGCUCUGUCAGCGAGGAUUCGGCACGUCCAUUGUUCAAGGUGGAUUUGGCCACUUUGAAUGGUCCGUCCUUCUAGCACUGCUCUUAGAGACCGGGCGCCCCAAUGGAAAGCCACUGCUUUCAAUGAGCUACAGCUCUUACCAAAUAUUCAAGGCCAUGGUGCAAUUCCUUUCAGAAAGGGAUCUUACAACCCCGGUCGUACUCUUUAAUGCAGAAGUACCACAUAAUAUGUCGUCCGGCACCAAUCCUAUUCUGUUCGAUGGCAAACGUGGUAUGAAUAUAUGUUUCAAGAUGACCAGUUGGUCCUACCAAUUACUUCGCCAUGAAUCCAUUACAACUCUUAGGAUGUUGAAUGAUACUGAUUCUGAUCAUUUCGAUAAUAUUUUUAUACAUCAAGUGGAACUUCCUUUGUGCAGAUUCGACGAGUGCCUUAAGUUGAGCCCUCGUCCAAACAAGUGGAACGCGUUUGAUAAUUUCUCUUACUUUCGCUCCAUCCACGAUGUUCUUACGAAAGCUCUGGGAAAUAGGAUCAAACUCAUAUAUAUCUUUUGCGAUGGUAUCCUUCCGUGGUCUGUUCACUCCAGUGCAGAUGACAACGAUGGUAUUAACCAGUUGAACGUGGGUUUGCUAUUUUGCCCGAAGAACCGAUACCGAAUCGUUGAUCGUGGCCCUGUGGCAGAGAAUAAAGGAGCGUCUAACGAUUUUCGAAAUUUUUGGGGUCCUAAAGCUGAGUUGAGGCGAUUCAAAGACGGCACAAUCGCGGAAAGUAUAGUAUGGUCUGAACAACAAAGCGACGGUUCGAUCAUGCGUCAAAUAAUCACUCACGCUCUUUACCGACAUUUUGACUUGGGAUCUGAUGACAUCUGUUUCAGGGGGUUAAACUUUGAGGAAUCGCCGAAUAUCAGAGAUAUAACACAACCUACCGCAUCGUUUCAACCUGUCCUUGACGCGUUCGAGUCUCUCGAAAGUUACGAAAAUAUCAUUCCUAAUAAGGAUCGGAGAGUUAUUGGAACUUAG